AUGAACGUUAGCACAGUAGACAUAGAAGAAAUAAAUGUUAGACUAAAGAAACUGGACGAGCUUCAACGAACAUUAAGUGAAGCGUUGAUAGAAAUAGCAGCAUGUGAUAAGGAUAUUUCGGAUGAGCAGAUCGAUGCCGAAAUGGCGAUUUGUGAAGAAAAAUAUAUAGAGUUAAAGGGUGAGGCAGCGGAAACUAUUGCUUCGAUCGAAAUAUCGGAUGUCAAUUAUAAUGAUGCAUGGUCUCGUUUAAGAGAAAGAUAUGAGAACGAGCGAUUAGCGGUACAAAAUCAUAUUAAAGCUAUAUUCGAAUUACCCAUAUUAAGGCGUGAGAAUGGUAGCGUAUUACGAAAUAUUCUAGACGGAUUAUUAAAACACAUGAGAGCACUGCAAGCACUGAAACGUCCGACGGGUCAUUGGGAUGAUCUUUUAAUUCACAUUAUAACAAGCAAAUUGGAUUUCAUUACGAUUAAAGAAUGGGAAAAUACAUUAGAACCAAGAGAAUUACCAACAUUACAGGACUUUACUGAAUUUCUAAGCAAAAGGUGUCAAACUUUAGAAGCAGUUGCCAGAAGAACUUUCAUAGGAAAUCAAAACACAAAUUUAAAACAAAACUCUAAUGUUAAGGUAAUAGCACCCCACGCCGCCGUGACUGACGUCAAGUGUGAGCAGUGUAAAGGCGAUCAUCGAAUAUACCAUUGCAAAACAUUUAAAGAACUUCCUAUCACAGAAAGAUUAAAUAAAGUAAAAUCCAUGAAACUGUGUCUAAACUGUCUUAGAAGCAAGCACACGAUUAAAGACUGCACUGUCAGUAAUUGUAGAAUAUGCUCAAAAAAGCAUAGUACGCUAUUGCACGAAGAUCGUGGACCCUCGCGAGAAAAUAAAAACGAAACAAAUAAUCAAGAAACAAAAAAGGAAUCAGAUUCCAAUAAGGCAAGCACUUCCGUAUGUGCAUCGGCUCUAUCGAAACAAUGCGCGAAGCAAACGCUAUUGUCUACCGCGGUAGUAAGAAUAAAAAAUAACGAAGGAAAAUAUGUUGAAGGAAGAGCUCUGUUAGACAGUGGUUCUCAAUCGCAUUUUAUAACGGAAAGUUUUGCCAAACAAUUAAGAUUAAAGUCAACGGAGGAUAAGUUUAAAAUAAACGGAGUUAAUCGAAGCGUUUCUAGAGCGACAAAAUCGGUAAAUAUAAAACUAACAUCACGGUUCGGUACAUUUGGUACAGAAUUAGAGUGCAUAAUCAUACAACAAAUUACACCAAUGAUACCUAUAUUCGAAUGUGAUACGGUUAAACUAAACAUAUCAAAAAAUAUUAGAUUAGCAGAUCCGAAUUUCCACGUGCCGGGUCAAAUAGAUAUUCUAAUAGGCUCAGAAAUAUUUUGGGAUUUAUUCUGCAUAGGACAAAUAAAAUUAGGAAAAAAUAUGCCCACGUUACAAAAAUCAUUAUUCGGUUGGGUAGUUACAGGACCUACACAAAUAAAUAACGUAAAGAAAGCGAUACAAAUAAGUUGCAACUUAAGCAUAAUAGAUCAAAUUAACGAAACAAUACACAAAUUCUGGGAAGUAGAAGCUUACGAAACGAAUAACAAAACGGGUUUAGAUCAAGAAGAAAAAUAUUGUGAAAAAUUUUUCAAGGAAACAUACUCUCGUCAACCGGGGGGAAGAUUUGUUGUUAAACUACCAGUAAAAAAAGAAAUAUUAGCAUCAUUAAACGAUUCUAGAGAAAUAGCUUUGAAAAGAUUUUUAUCGUUAGAAAAAAGAUUCGCAAAAAAUCAAGAAUUUAAAAAUGAAUACGUCAAUUUUAUGAGAGAGUAUUUAACGCUAGGUCACAUAAAACGAAGUUUGACAAUCAAAAAAGGGCAUACACAAGUGUUCUUACCGCAUCAUGCGGUAUUUAAAGAAAGCAGCACCACAACGAAAAUAAGGGUAGUUUUUGAUGCCUCGAGCAAAGGGGCAAAGGAUAUAUCUAAGAUGUAUAGACAAAUAUUUGUACAUAAAGAGCAAACCGCGUUGCAAUCAAUUUUGUGGCGGGAAGAUCCUACAACGGAUAUCGAAGAAUACGAAUUACUAACAAUAACCUAUGGUACAAAGCCAGCAUCCUUUUUGGCUGUACGGUGCUUACACCAAUUAGCGGAAUUAGAAAAAGAAAAAUUUCCCAAAGCCGCGGAAGUAAUUAUUAGAGAUUUUUAUAUGGAUGAUCUAUUGACAGGGGGAAACUCUAUCGAAGAAAUUACAGAAUUAAAAAACCAACUAACAGAAUUAUUAGCUAAAGGAGGAUUCGAGUUGCACAAAUGGAACACGAACGUAAUUAACGCAAAAGAAAUAAAGUCAAAUAAAAACGAGUUAGUAAAACUUCAUAAAAUAGAGGAAUCAAAAUUGCUAGGAAUAUUAUGGAAUCCUUCCAGCGACGCAUUCCACUACGAGGUGGAGUCGAGGGAGCACGAAAAGCGCGCAACAAAGCGAGCCAUAUUGUCACAAAUCUGUAAAUUGUUUGACCCGUUGGGUUUAGUAGGGCCUAUAACUUUAGCAAAAAUACUGAUGCAAAAGCUAAGGAGUUUGGGCUUAGACUGGGACGAGUCGGUUCCCAUAAGCGUAUAUAAAGAAUGGCAGCAGCUAAAAUCACAUCUGCAUAUGUUAGGCAGACUAGAGAUUCCAAGAGCGAUUUUAACCGGUGAUGCAGGCACGGGGAUACAGUUACAUGGAUUUUGCGACGCGAGCGAGAGGGCUUACGGAGCCUGCGUAUACGUGAGAGAACAGAUAAGGCCAGACAAAAUAAAGAUUGCACUAAUAUGUUCAAAAUCAAGGGUAGCGCCUAUGAAAGCGUUAUCACUGCCGAGACUGGAGUUGUGUGGGGCGUCACCAUCGCGAAAAUGGCAGACCUUUGUGGCGAAUCGGGCGAGCGAAAUCCAAGGCAUUUCUUCUCCUUCGGAAUGGCAUUACAUUAAAUCUAAGGAAAAUCCCGCCGAUUUAAUCUCCAGAGGAGAAACUUCUGAACAUUUGAUAAACACAAAGUUAUGGUGGGAAGGGCCUCCAUGGCUACAAGCUAGCGAGGAAACGUGGCCAAUAGAAGGUGAGGAAUUGCCGCUGAUGGACGCACCAGAGAUGAAAAAACAAACUGUGAUAGCAGUAACAGUCAAGCAAAGUUCAGUAUUAGAUUAUGCGAGAUACUCUACCUUAGAUAAGUUAAUUAGGAUUGUCGCUUACGUUUUAAGAUUUAUCGAAAAUACAAGAUGCAAGGGCGAAAAGAAAGAAACCAUACUAGGAAAAGUAACGUUACAGGAGAAACGCAAGGAAGAAUUGAACGCGUUAAGUGCUAAAGGCAACCUAUCAUUAAAAUCAAAAUUAAAGGCUCUCCAUCCGUUCCUGGACGAGGUAUUAUACGGGUCGGAGGAAGGCUGCAACAAGCAUCAUUACCAGAAAAAACAAAGCAUCCUAUCGUAA